AUGGCACCCGUCGGCAGCAUGCAUCGUCGUGAGACUCAGUCCGCGGGUUCUCUAUCUGCUAUUUCUGAAUACAGCAUAUCGUUUCUCGAACCGCGAUCACCUCCGCCAGUGCCACCUCGAGCAUGGAAUCGCCUUGGAAAUGAAAAUGUUGCGUUAAACUACGGAACGAGUCAGCUGCCGUAUAGUCAUUUCGACGAGACCGCGAGUGUGCACGGGCCGAAUCGAGAAAAAUUGGAGAAUGUGAAGAGUUGCUUGAAGGAGAACAAAUACAUUGCGAAGAUAAAGGGAUGGAAGCGAUUAGGGCUCAUUGCUGUGGUGGCCAUAUUGUGUUUGGUUGGCUUGAUCGUAGGAUUAGUCGUUGGGCUGCGGAAUCGACAUAAUGGUUCCUCCCGGCUCUAUAGAUUCGACACCUAUCUCUCCACCACAACGACAAACUGCACCUCCAACCCGGCGACCUGGCGCUGCUACCCUUACUUUACCUACUCGCAAUCACCCUUUCAAGCAACAGCCAUCUUCGACUGGAUCAUCAUCCCCGUCCCCAACACACACAACAACUAUACCAUCUCUUCUACCGCAAACCCCUUCUCUAUAUCCUUCGCCAACGCCCCUCUCAUCUUAAAAGACGCCGCCGCAGACAACGAACACUACUCCUUCCAAACCCGCAUGCAGAAAACGACAACCCCCGUCAGACAGCUAGGGAGCGAGAACGUGGCUGCGAAAUGCAUUUUCAAUAGUACCAUCUUCCAGGGCACGCUAUGCACCAAGAUGGCGAAGACGUACAAGGCGAAGAACGAGACGGAUGGGAUAGAGACGCGAAACGAUGAACAUGAUGGUUCAAUAUUCAAGAUGUGGCCGUAUGCCGUCAAGGUAGAGCUGAUUGCCGCUGCUGGAUCGGGGACGCCGACGUGUUUGGACCCCAGCGGGAACUCUUUGGGUGAUUUCAGUGUGGUGGGUGCGAGCUGA